AUGACCGAUAAAAGUUCAAAGAUCCACCUCAGAUGGGGUAUAGUGGGAUUGGGGCAGUUCGCCGCAAAAUGGGCGAACGAUGUUUUCUCCAACUACCGAAAGGACUCUGUUCAUGGGCAGCACGUGACACAUGAAUUAAGAGCUGUUGUUUCCACCAGUUCACUAUCCAAAGCUCAGCAAUUUGUCAGCCUACUAAACGGUACAGACAAACAGCCAGUACUCUACGACUCUUAUCAAAAGUUUCUAGAGGAUGACGAGAUUGACAUCGUGUAUAUUGCUGCUCCAAAUGCGUUCCACUAUAAAUUGGCUAAACAAGCUCUAGAAGCUGGAAAACACAUCUUAGUGGAGAAAACAUUUACCAUAAAUUAUCAGCAGGCACUCCGACUACAAGAGAUUUCCGCAAGAAAGAACCUCUUAGUUGUCCAUGGCGUUUGGACAAGGUUCCUUCCUACUACAAAAAAACUGGUGGAGGUGGUGGAAAACGGAAAGGUGGGAAACGUACGUCGUGUUCACGCAGAUCUUAGUCACAACUGUUCAUAUGACAGCAACAGCCGGCUCUUCAAUCCAGAACUAGGAGCGGGAGUUCUGUUGGAUAACCUGAUAUACUCGAUCACGUGGACGGAUCUGCUUUUGUUAUCAAAGACGGCCACAAGUCCAAAAAUUUACUCUUGGUCUAUCAAAUCCAAAGAAGUACCAGAAAUUGAUGUUUCCACAUCAAUCACUUUGUUGUUUGACGACUCACUUGCAUCGGGAACGGCAACUGGGUCGUUCCUUAUCGAGUCGCCAAGAGAAAGUGUACUGAUUGAAGGCGAUAAAGGGUACAUUAAGGCUGGGCGUACAUCAAGACCAUCAUAUGCAACUUUUAUUUCUAGUGACGGCCAGGAAGAGCAGCUUGAGUUGCCCGUUAUUGAGGGAAUAGGGUAUUAUUACGAGGCUAAUGCUGCUGCCAUUGCCAUUGGGAAUAAGCAGAAUGAUCUGACAGAGUAUCCAUUGAAAGACACCAUCAGAAUCCUACAGAUAUUUGAUCAAUGCAGAUUGGACAACGGGAUUGCAUUUCCAGAGUCAGUGGAAGAUCUAUGA